ACCCUAGGGCUUUUUCUACUCCCAAAAUCCGAUGAGAUUUAUUUGUUGAAUCUGGGUUUGAAUCUAGUUUUGAAUUUGUUCCCCGCUUGGCUGUCCUUGCUCUGUUUUAAAUUUUUCAUUUCAAUCUGGUUUUGAAUCUGGUCGUGUAAUCGCUGAAUAUUGACGCUUUUGAAUUUGGGAAUAUUUGCAUAGAGUUUAAUUUUUUUUCACUAGUUCUUGCUUGAAUGGUGUGAAAUUGGCUAUUAUACUUUCCUCUUCAUUUUGAUUACUAGCGACUUGUAUGAUUUGAUUGUCUUGUUAUGCAGGGUUGGAUUUGUUGUGUAUUGGCGUUCUGUUUAUUAAUUUUUUAAUAUUAUCAAUUUUAGAAAAUUCUCAGGCUAUUUUUGAUGUAUGAUCUUGUAAACGACUUGGCUCAAGUUGUGUCGAAGUAUCGGGAACAAAAAUUAAAAGGGUCCUUAUUUCUCCUAGGGCUUCGGAAAUAUUUAUAAAUAAUGGCGGCCUUGAAAGACCUUCUUCCCCCAGCGAAAUCAACGUCAACCUCAUAUUAUGACCACAGUAGUGAUCCGUGGUUCAAGCAGAGAUUCAGCAGCACAUCUGAGGCAGAAAAAUCGACAGUGAUUCAGCAUAAGCCUGUCCCUCCUUAUUUAAAGCGUGCGGGUUUUGUUCCUAGAAAGGUAGAGGAUUUUGGGGAUGGUGGAGCAUUUCCUGAGAUCCACAUUGCUCAGUACCCCCUUGACAUGGGGAGGGAUAAAUCGUCAAAACCAGGGUCAAAGAUUCUUCCUGUGACAGUUGAUGCCCAUGGGAAUGUAGCAUAUGAUGCAAUAGUGAAGCAGAAUGAAAAUGCUAAAAAAAUUGUAUAUUCACAACAGAAAGAUCUGAUACCAAAAUUUUUGAAGAAUGAUGAAGAAGAUGGUAUGGAUGAUGAGGAGGAGCAAAAAGAGAUUGAAGAAACAACACAGGAAACAAAAGCUGCACUUGAGAAGAUAGUUAAUGUGAGAUUGAGUGCAGCACAACCAAAGAAUGUGCCUAAACAGUCAUCUGAUGCAAAGUUUAUCAAGUAUAAGCCUUCACAACAAUCUGGAGCUUUUAAUUCCGGGGCAAAAGAGAGGAUUAUCAGGAUGGUUGAGAUGCCUGUGGAUCCACUUGAGCCUCCAAAGUUUAAGCAUAAGCGAGUUCCAAAGGCUUCUGGCUCUCCCCCUGUGCCAGUGAUGCAUUCCCCUCCUAGGCCUGUUACUGUGAAAGAUCAGCAAGAUUGGAAGAUACCUCCUUGUAUGUCAAAUUGGAAGAAUCCUAAAGGUUACACAAUCCCACUUGAUAAGCGUCUUGCAGCUGAUGGGAGAGGCCUUCAAGAUGUUCAGAUUAAUGAUAAUUUUGCAAAGCUUUCAGAGGCAUUGUAUGUUGCAGAGCAGAAGGCUAGAGAAGCAGUUGCUAUGAGGUCUAAGGUUCAGAAGGAGAUGCUUCUGAAGGAGAAGGAACGGAAAGAGCAGGAGCUGAGGGCUUUGGCUCAGAAAGCACGCUCAGAGAGAACUGGUGUAGCACCUCCAGCUGCUGUUGCCAUUCCUUCUGAAAGGAGCAGCAUGGAAGAUGCUGACAUGAGAGUUGAUUAUGAGCAUUCACGGGAAAGGGAGAAGAAUUACCCUAAGGAGACAAGGGAGGAAAGGGAGGAACGACUGCAACGAGAAAAAAUUCGUGAGGAACGACGGAGAGAGAGGGAGAGAGAGAGAAGAUUAGAGGCUAAGGAUGCAGCAAUGGGGAAGAAAAGCAAGAUUACAAGAGAUAGGGAUCGUGAUAUUAGUGAGAAAGUCGCUCUUGGCAUGGCUUCUACAAAGCCAGGGACAGAAGUUAUGUAUGACGAAAGGCUGUUCAACCAGGAUAAAGGAAUAUCUUCUGGGUUUGCCACUGAUGAUCAGUAUAAUGUUUAUGACUCUGGCUUGUUUACUGCUCAGCCGACACUCUCAACCUUGUACAGGCCAAAGAAAGAUAUGGAUUCUGAUGCUUAUGGAGGUGCGGAUGAGCAAUUGGAGAAGAUUAUGAAGACUGAUCGCUUUAAACCUGAUAAAGGAUUUGCUGGUGCUUCUGAAAGGACAGGUCCAAGAGAUAGGCCAGUUGAAUUUGAAAAUGAAGAAGCUGAUCCAUUUGGCUUGGAUCAGUUCUUGACGGAAGUGAAAAAGGGCAAGAAAGCCAUGGAAAAAGUUGGUAGUGGAGGAACUAUGAGAGCAAGUGGCGGUUCUUCAAUGCGAGACGGUCAUGAGGGAGGUUCUGGUAGGACUCGCAUUGGAUUUGAAAGAGGGCAUUGAUUGGUGGCUUGUUGGAUGGAAUCCAGUCUCCAUUACUGAUGGUGGAGAUCCUGUACGCUGUUUACACAACGCUGCUUUGUCUUUGACUCCUAGUAGUUGAAAUAAAAUUUAAUUUUUGUAUCUUGUUUGUAAACUACUUAUGACUGCUAUAGCAGAGCACGUAAAUUCACUGCCAAAUUGUUACAAAUGGAAUGAGACUUUGUUAUUUCUGGUAA